CUGCAGGCGCAGUAUGACCCGCUUGUUAUGGAUGAUAAGCAAAUGCAACGCUUCUUGAACCAGCUCGCAAAUGUCAUAUCUCAACUCCAAAGCGGCGCAUUCCACGACAAGCGAGUGCGCGACAUCGUGCUCGCGACAGAAGAUGAUAUUCAACAAGUAUGGGCAUGGAACUCAACCGAGCCACAUGUCGAGACCAAGAAGAUGUGCAUUCACCAUCUGGUGACAGCCCAAGCCAGAAAGGGUCCAGAUCGAAUGGCUGUGUCCGCGUGGGAUGGAAAGUUGACCUAUGGACAACUGGAUCGAUUGUCUUCCCGACUGGCCCGACAUCUGCGCUCGCUGGGCAUCUUAACGAAGGAGCAGAUAGUGCCGGCGUGCUUUGAAAAGAGCAAGUGGACCUUGAUCGCACAAUUGGCGGUCCUCAAGGCUGAAGCUGCCUACACCCUCAUCGACGCCACAUCUCCACGUGAACGUGUGGACCAGAUAUGCCGGCAGACCAACGCUACGCUGGUCUUGGUUUCAAGGGGCCAGUUGAGCCAUUUGGUCGACAAGGUGGCCUGUUGCGUCGUUGUCGAUGAUGCAUCGAUGGCUGGCCUUUGCUCGAGGGAAGGGGGAGACGUUGACGACGAACCGGGAGACCCGGGCAGCCUGGCCUAUGUUCUGUUCACGUCUGGGAGCACCGGAACGCCCAAGGGGUCUUUGAUUGAACAUGCAUCCUUCACGUCGAGCUGUCUGGCGUUCGCUCCGUCGAUGCGAAUUUCCGAGAGCACGCGUGCACUGCAGUUCGCAUCCUAUGCCUUCGGAGCAUCUCUGUUCGAAACCUUGGCGGUGCUGCUACAUGGUGGAUGCGUGUGUGUGCCUUCGGAAGAACAGAGAAUCGCCGCACUGCCUGACUUCAUCGCGCGAGAACACGUCAAUUGGGCUUUCUUUACGCCUUCGUUCCUGACGACUCUUCGGCCGCAGGACGUUCUUCAUCACCAGCCAUUCACACUGCUGGCUGGUGGCGAGCCUAUAUCAUCCGAGAUGCAACAACUAUGGACUCCGCUGUGCGAUCUGAUCAAUGUCUAUGGGCAGAGCGAGACGAGCAGUGCUUGUGGUGUGGCUUGCAUCACAUCGGAUACGCCUAAUCCGCGCAAUAUUGGUCGAGGUGUCGGUGCUCGCUUGUGGGUAACGGAGGUCGACAAUGUUGAUGCUCUUGCCGCGGUAGGAGCAGUCGGCGAGCUGAUCGUUCACGGUCCCGGUGUUGGUCGAGGAUAUCUUGGCCAGGCGGACGAUGUCGUCGGCCCGUUCCUUCAAGAGGCUCCCAAGUGGUGGUGUCCAGACGCGUCGAAUGGUGCAUGUAGCGACGACCCCAGUGGGCAUGGCAAUGGAGAGUUGCAGCAGCGCUUCUUUCGCACGGGUGAUCUGGUCCGAUAUCAGCCUAACGGUAGCCUUGUGCAUCUCGGACGUAUCGAUGGGCAAAUCAAGAUCAAUGGCCAGCGCAUCGAAGUCGGCGAGGUCGAAUACCAUGUGAAGAAGCAGCUGCUUACGCUGCAGCAAACAGGCAAGUCACUGACAGGCACCAGCGAGACGCUUGGGAACCUCGCCGUCAGCGUUGUUGCGGUGCCUUCUUCACACGCUCAAAGCCGCAAUGUGCUUGUAGCUUUUAUCCGCGUGGACACCGGGAUGGUCAAAUCGGGCAGGCGUGACUAUGCAGCAGAGGUCUUGGGCAUCAGCUUUAACGACCAAAUGAAUGAGCUCCUCACGGCUCAUCUUUCUUGGGCUAGCAGACCGCAACAUUACAUACGAAUGAGCCACUUCCCCGUGACGGUCACCGGCAAGACGGACAAAAAGCGGCUCAAAAGCUUAGCGACACAACUACUGCAGCCCGCUUCUAUCGCUUCAAUCCCCAAAGGAGUCGUAAAUGGGGUGUCUAGUAGUGCCCAAUUGCCUCUUACUGGAACCAAGAGUGAUCCCGACCACCUCGAGGCAAUGAUGUGCAAUAUGUGGGCCCAGGUCCUGCGCAUAGACCCCACCCAAGUGAAUCCAGGAGAUAACUUUUUGCAUCUCGGAGGGGAUUCAAUCGAUGCCAUCCGUCUUGUAAACAUAGCAUCCAGGUCUGGGAUCAGCACUUCCAUGACGGACGUACUAGGCCAUCCCGUUCUCAAAGACCUCGUUCGUGCAAUACCAUCGCCUUCGCCACAUGGACCACUCCAGAAUGGAACGCAGAAUAGAUCUAUCGACUGUGCGCCGUCAGCUGCCCAGGAACGCCUCUUCUUUCUUGACAAAAUGAGGCCAGAUCAGACCCCUUGGUACUACAACAUCCCCUUGGCUGUGCGGCUGCGAGGUCCCCUCGACAUUUAUGCUCUGGAAAUGUGCCUUGCCACAUUGGAGCGCGUCCAUGAGCCUCUACGGACUACUUUCCAUCAAACCGAUGUAGCUGGUGCUAUUGUGCAGCGCAUUGAAACUCCCAGAUGUCUGAUUUUCAAACGGCCCCUGCACCCAAUCAUGAGCUUCGAUAAAGCUCGGAGUGUGCUAGAAGCUGAACAGAGGCGACCAUUCCUACUACACGCUGAGCACUUAUGGAGAGCCAACGUUUAUCCCUGCGAAGAUGGGACACACAUCUUGUCGAUUGUUCUGCAUCACAUCAUUGCUGAUGGCUGGUCUGUCGAUGUGCUAUGUCGUGACUUGUCGAACUACUACGCCGAUGUAGUGCAAGGUGCUGACAUUCUCUCCCACGUGAACCCCCUGCCCAUUCAAUACCGCCAACAUGCGGCGCAGCAGCAGCGUGAGUUGGCAUCUGGAGCGCUUCAAUCCCAGAUCGACUACUGGAAGACCGAGCUCGCUGAUAGUCAGGCCGCUGAGCUUCCCACCGAUCACGUCCGGCAGCAAAUUCUAUCGGGAGCAGCUGGCAUCGUCAAGUUUGAGUUGCGAGGGGAGCGUUAUACACGCCUACAGGAGUUUUGCAAAGACCACAACGCCACGCCAUUCGCCGUGCUGCUAGCCACCUUCCGCGCGACUCACUACCGCGCAACUGGCGCCCAGGAUGGCAUAGUGGGAAUCCCUUACUCAGGUCGAAACACACCUGAACUCCAGAGCCUGAUCGGUUUCUUUGUCAACACGCAGUGUGUGCGUCUGCGUAUCCGCGAAGACGAGGAAAGUUUCAUAUCACUCGUACACCAGACGAAAACGGCGGUCCUCAACGCCCUGAAGAAUCAAGAUGUCCCCUUUGAGCGAGUCGUCUCGGAGCUCGUCCCAGGGGUCAGGGAGUCCUCCCGUAACCCCUUGGUCCAGUUGAUGUUUGCCUUGCACGGCCAGUCCGAACUUGGACAGAUUCAGCUUCACGGAGUCGAAUCGGAGGUUAUCGCUGACGCCGGCCCUGGUCUCGCGGCCUGGUCGCGCUUUGACCUCGAAUUCCAUCUCUAUCGUGGAGAGGACGCCUUAGAUGGGGCUGUUCUCUUCGCACGAGAUUUGUUCGAGCAGGUCACGAUCGAAAAUUUCUUGAAAACGUUCAUGACCCUUCUAGAUCGAGGUCUCGAGCAGCCAGACACUCAUCUCGCAGUCUUGUCCACGACCACGACCCCGAAGAACUAUUUGGCCGACUUUUUGGACGACAGCAUCGCCGCCUCCUACCCUUCCCAUGCAAGUGUCGUCGACAUAUUCAAAGCUCAAUGCAUGCGAACUCCGGACGCUACAGCUGUCACGGAUUCUGCCACGGGGCCGCUCACCUAUGCUCAGCUUGAUUCUCGAUCCGAUCUGGUGGCUAUGUGGCUUUCUGAUCGCCAUCUGGCCCCUGAAAUGGUCGUGGCUAUCUUUGCUCCUCGAAGCUGUGAGACUGUCGUCUCGAUCCUGGGGAUCUUGAAAGCUGGUCUCGUCUACCUUCCUCUCGAUACGAGAACCCCGGCUGGACGUGUCGAAAGAAUCAUUGACUCGGUAGGGGCAAGUUGUAGGUUACUUUUGGUGGGCAGCAAUCAAGACCCACCGGACAUCCACAUACAUCAUCCAGGCUGGGACAUUGUGCGGAUGAGCCAAGUUUUCGAACAGAGACAUCUGCUUGAGAGUCCGCUUGACUGCUCGAGACUCCACAGUCCCUCGCCAAGAAGCCUGGCAUACAUCAUGUUUACAUCUGGAUCAACUGGUCGUCCCAAGGGUGUCAUGAUCGAGCAUCGAGGAAUUGUCCGCUUGCUGUGCCAGAGUCAUGUCACGGCACAGCAUCCGCCCGCGGCCAAAGUAGCGCACAUAUCCAGUCUUGGAUUCGAUGCUACCACCUGGGAGAUCUUUUCUGCUUUGCUGAACGGCGGUACCGUCUGCUGUAUCGAUCAUGAACAAGUCAUCGACGCCUUGGCGCUCGGCUCCCAAUUCCAACAAGAAGCAAUUCAAGUCGCGAUGCUCACGCCGGCGCUUCUGAAACAAUGUUUGGAGUACUGCCCGACAAUGCUCUCCCAGCUUGCCGUCCUCAACGUCGCAGGGGCGCGGUUUGAUCCGCGCGAUGCCCAAAAGACCCGUUCACUGAUGUCGGGUGAAUUGUACAAUGUGUAUGGCCCUACGGAGAACACUGUCUUGACCACCACAUAUCGGUUGCAUCCAGGCGACGAGUAUCCCAACGGCGUGCCGGUUGGAACAGCAAUCAACGCCACAGGAGUCUUUGUGAUGGAUUCACAGCAGCAAUUGGUUGCUCCAGGCAUAGUGGGCGAGCUCGUCAUCGUUGGGCACGGAUUGGCGCGCGGUUACACUGAUCCUGCACUUGACCAUGGACGUUUCAUCGUGCUCGACGAUGGGGUUCGGCAAGCAAGGGCAUAUCGCACGGGUGAUCUGGUCCGCCGUCGUGCGACUGACGAUAUGAUUGAAUUCAUUGGCCGCGCCGACGCACAAAUCAAAAUUCGUGGACAACGCCUUGAACUUGCGGAGAUCGAGCAUACCAUCCUGGAAUACAACAGCGGCAUCAAAGAUGCGGCAGUCCUGGCCUGCGAAGACAACAACGAAGAACUGACGCUUGUCGCUUUUGUCACUCCUUCUCGAACGGACACCGCAACCACUUCACAUGUCGAUUCGUCUCAUGUUCGAGAUUGGUCGAGCCAUUUUGAGCUCAACACGUACCAAGAUAUCUCCUCGAUUGACCCUGCGAAGCUUGGCCGAGAUUUCGUGGGCUGGAAAUCCAUGAUUGAUGGCGAGAUCAUUCCAGAGAGUGCUAUGGAGGAGUGGCUACAGGACAUCAUGCGCGUCGCUGUGCCAGAAGGGGAAAACCCAGGCAGUGUUCUGGAGAUCGGCUCGGGCACCGGAAUGAUUCUUUUCAACCUCAACCCGGAAAUGGAAAGCUAUAUUGGUCUGGAUCCGUCUCAGUCAGCAGUCAACUUCACGAUGAGUGCAAUCAAGUCAAGACCUGAGUUGGUGGGCAAAGUUGAAGUAAGACGAGGUACCGCUUUGGAUAUUCCAAGCCUGGGCUGCAUUCACCCGAACUUGGUCAUCAUGAACUCGGUCGUACAGUACUUCCCAUCUAUUGAGUAUCUGAACGUGGUGCUUAAGCACAUUCUGGCCCUCCCCGGUGUGAGGAAGAUCGUCUUCGGCGAUAUCCGUUCCUAUGCCCUCUACAACGAGUUUCUUUCGGCUAAAACUUUGCACGAGCUCCGCCACUCGGCGAGCAAGGAAGACUUUCGACGCAGAAUGGAGAGUUUGAGAGAAGAGGAAGAGGAAUUGUUGAUCUCUCCUCUGUAUUUCACGCAGUUGGCAGAAGAGUUUCCGGAUCAAAUCGAACACGUGGAAAUCCUGCCAAAGAUCAUGCGAGCUGAGACGGAGCUCAAUGGGUAUCGCUUCAACGCUGUCAUUCACGUCAGAGGCGAACAGGGGACACGUCCAAUUGCUUUGGAGACUCCUCACGACGAAUGGCAAGACUUUGUUGCGUCUGGGAUGGAUGCGGACAUACUCUCGGAUAUGCUUCAAACCCGUCACUAUGCUCCGCACAUCUUGAUCGGCAAUAUACCCUACAGUAACAUCAUGCUGGAGCGCGAGAUUGCUGCAGAAAUCGAUCAAGAGAAUGCAAACAGCGAAGGCAGAGAGUCAUGGCUCUCAAGAGCCAAGGAAAAGGCGUCAGCUCAACCCUCCAUGUCCACUGUCGACCUAGUUGAAGUCGGGAAACUCCAUGGAUGGGACACCAAGCUUAGCUGGGCACGUCACGGAUCACAACACGGCGGUCUGGAUGUCAUUUUCUACCAUUCGCAGCACGCCCAAUCCGAACCAACUCCCCAGUUCCGCUUCCCGACAGACACCUUCACAACGACAACGCCAUUAUGCACCCAACCCCUGCAGCGAAAGCGGCGAAAGGCUCUGGUCUCAGACAUCUCCAAUAAUCUACGGAGACAGCUGCCGACAUACAUGAUCCCAGCUCGCAUCGAGAUCCUGGACCAAAUGCCGCUGAACGCGAGUGGCAAAAUCGACUCUUCCGAGCUCAAGAGAAAAGCAACCUUACUUUCCAAAGAGCACGCACCGCUUCGAAAAGUAGAUCUCAGGCCGAAAACCGAGAUGGAAACCGUGAUCUGCGAAGAGAUUGGCAUCAUGCUUGGCCUCGAGAACGUUUCGGCCGAUGACAACUUUUUCGAUCUCGGUGGGCAUUCUCUGAUGGCGACGCGGUUUGCGGUUCGCCUCAGCAGUCGCCUCAAGAUCCUGGUUUCCGUACGGGAUGUCUUUACUUCACCUGUUGUCGGCCAGCUCGCACAAGUUCUGGAGAGUCGGGUGGACCAUGUCGAUGGGCCUGAGACGUCGGUGAGUUCAGUGUACGCGCCAUUUCAGCUCUUGGGCUUGCAGGACGGGAAAUCGGUUCUGGAACAGGUUGAAAUCGAAUCGCAACUCGAUGCUCCUUUGCGAGGUCAUGUCUACGACGCCUACCCUGCUACUCAAACGCAGCAAGUCUUCUUGCAAGACGGACCACGACGAAAUGCUGCGUAUGUGGACCUGGUGGGGAGCAUUGAUUGUGAGCUUCUCAAACACUGCUGUAUGGCGAUGGUGCAGAGAUUCGACAUCCUCCGCACGGUUUUCAUUCAAACGCGCAAUCGCUUCUAUCAAGUUGUGCUUGAUCAGGUUUGGGUGCCGAUUGAAAUACACGAGGUGCACGGAAGCAUGGAUGAUGUGACCGGCUCGAUCAGAGACCAGCAUUCACAGGAUCCUCGUCUUUCCUUGGGAUCGAGUUGGUUGCGCAUCGACAUCCUCGUGGAUCAACGACAUUCCACUGUGCGACUGAUGGUGCACAUGCCUCAUUCCAUGUACGAUGGCGCAUCAUUGCAACAUUGGUUUCGCUGUCUGUUCAUCGCCUAUCAGGGCCUGGAUCUGCCUCCGUCCCCUCCAUUCGCAUGGUAUGUCAAGCACAUGCAAGACAGCCGCCGAGAGGGAUACAAGUUUUGGCGAGAAGUCUUGCAUUCUUCUUCGCCGCUCACGAUGACGAACUUGGAGUUCAAAGGACCUGCGGAUGCUGGGUAUCGUGCACUGCGCACAAUCGCCAUUCCAUCUCGCAAUCGGUCAUCGACACACACCACCGCGACUGUCUUCACGGCUGCAUGGGCCAAGGUGCUUGGACGAGAAAGUGGGCGAGACGAUAUCAAUUUCGGGCGCUUAGUGUCCGGUCGUGAAGCCUUGCCGGAGGCCCAUCAAAGCAUUGUCGGCCCCUGUGUGAACGUGGUACCCGUCCGAAUCCGUUUCAGCGACAUCGAGUCCUCGGCCUCUCUUCUACAAGAGGUCCAAAAGCAGUAUCUCGACUGCAUACCCUUUUCGACCAUUGGGCUCGGCGAGAUCCGUGACCACUGCACCCAAUGGCCGAGAGACGAUGGUGCCGUAGACGAUGCACGAGUGUUGUGGUCCUUCGUUUUAUUCCAGGAGUCUCCUGCUCCGAUGGAAUUUCAGCAGCGAGAAGUGCUACUGCGAACUCUGCCAUAUUCCGGACCGCCAACGUAUGAAGUCGAUGUGGUGGGCAAUGUGGAUCCUGAUGGAUCUCAUUUGCAUGUGUUGAUCUAUGCGAGGCAGAGAAGUGCUAGCAUCGCGACUGUAGAUCGCAUGCUUCAUCAGCUUUGCGAAGAAGUCAAGGAGCUGUCAGAGUCC